GUGGUUUGCUUGCUUAACGCUAACUACGUAAACAUUGCUGUACAAUGGAAAUUUAGCCUGGUUUUAUAACGUGAUAGCCAAUAUCAUAUGGUGCCUCCUUGUUUUCAAACGUGUCUUCCUGGAUGGUUUGCAACAAGCAGCUGUUCGUUUGCUUCUAACCACUACUAUUGGGGACCAUCGCAACAUUUAUGAAAGUGGGCACAGUAAUUUCUGGCCUCUGCUAGUAAGAGGCUUUCUGGAUACAUUGGUGGCACAUUAUCGGUGAGCCUAACAGGAAGACAAGUGAAUAUUUUCCACCGUGAGGAAGCUGCUGUCUUAUCAGACGCUGCAGAUACAACAUGACUGAAUUUUGGGUUUGUUUCAGCUGCUGCAUUGCAGAACAGCCACAGCCAAAAAGGAGGCGGAGGAUAGACCGAAGCAUGAUAGGCGAGCCGAUGAACUUUGUUCACACCACACAUGUGGGAUCAGGAGAUAUGGGGAACGGACCUGGAGCAGCAGGAUCGAUUCAAGAACAGAUGAAAUCUAAAGGUGGCUAUGGAAAUGAAAUGUCUAAUGUCCAAGAAUGACUCAUAGUUAAGUGUAAAAUGUGGGCAUUUAAAAAUGGCACUGGACAUGUUAACGUUGUUCAAACCGGUAAUUGACAGCCUUGCUUACAGCAUCACGAAGUUGAGGACGUUCUUGGACAGAGCCUAUCAACACUUGCACUUGACAGUAAAAUGAAGAGGCACAUGUCGUCCUUCCUUUUUUAUUAAUGCUUUUUACAAAAGCUCAUGAAUGAAAUUGCCAGAUAUCUUAGACAUCUGUACCUAAUUAAUCUGUAUAUAUUGCAUAUUAAUGACUGCACUCUGUUGUUGGUUGCUAUAUGCAUGUCUUGAGCUGGAAUUACCAGUGUGUUAGCCCCGAUUUAUUAUAAAUUAAAAUGUGUGACAAAAAAAACAAAACAAACAAGAAUGCCUGGGGACAUAUGGAGUGGUUCUGUGAAGUAUGCAGUUUUAUCAUAUGUUCACUUUGUACAGUCAAUGCCUUCUAUAUUGAAUUCGAGCUUGGUUAUCUUAUUUAUUUGCAUGGUGUGAUUUAAGUUAUCCAUUUUAUCAAGAUGUGGCUGGGCCAUCACAAGAUGCACCUAGGCAAAUCCUUACAUAAAGCCUCAUUCAUUUUAUAGUUUUUAGAAAUAUGAAUGUGUUCUAAUGUCUGUUUUCAAUGGAUGGCUUAGUUUUACUGGUGGUUCUACUGACUUAUUCUUUUGUAAUGCACCAUAACUUUGCAUUUGGGAAUUUCAGGUUUGUUAAUGUGUUCCAGCAUCAUACACUUGAAGGUUUAUUCAAACGUUUUUAAAGGCACUGUAAAGUCAUGUAUAUUGCACAAACCUUUGAACCACUAUUGAUUGCAUUUUUCUAUUUAUUUUCAAACAUGUGAUGUUGGGUUAUUUGCUGUCUUUGGUGAUCAAUGUCUGGUAAUAAGUUAGAAUUCAUAAUGUACAUGUAAUGGCUUGUAUAUGUUUGAUCUCAAAGCUCUAACCUAUGAUGGGCUAUGUCUACUAGCUUUGAUGGAACAAGUGGGCUAAACAUAUCUAAUUGCCAGUAGCAAGAUAGGAAAAGUGGAUUAAAAAUAAACCUGUAUUUUAUAUAACAGCCCGGUGAUUAAGCACCGUAUUUUGAUUGCAUUGUCGGAGCCAAGAUGAUGGCACUCUGUGGCAAGUUAAUUGCCUGUCGCACAACACAUGUGGAGUACACUUCUCUCUUUCCAAAUUGUCAUAAAAUGGUGAAUGACACUGAUCUUAAAAUGUAUACCAGUUUGCCCCCCAAAGCUAUUCAAACUGUUUUAAAUAACAUCUGUUUUUGUAAUGUAUUGCUGAGUUCGUUCACAUUGUGAUGUGUAAAUUGAAUACAUCCCCCUCCUGAUAUUGAAAAGGACAGUACAGGAGAGAAAUGUUCAUAUUCUGUAUUUUAACAAUGAGGCAUGAGACCAUUUGUUUGUUUUAAAUUUGGAACAAUGCAUUUCUUUUUAAUGCAAUUUCAAAUAUGCUGUAUGUUGUCCUGUGACAAUUUGAUCAUUCUGAAUGUACUGUAAAUCCACUGUUGCUUAGGUAAUGAGAUGCCUUUUUUUUUUAAACUUCAUUAAAUUUUAAAAAGAAAUUAAAAA